AUGUCCGGAUCGGACGCAUCCACCGAAGUCGUCCUCAACCCGCUCCACCCCUUCGACGACAGCACGCUGGAGGUACGCCACGGGGUCCUCGGCCUGUACAAAGCCGGCGUGGCGAUAGCGCAAGGGAACCGAUUCACCAAACUCGACGCCCCGCUCUACGUCCGGGAUCUGCAAGUCGGCUCGUUGCAAGUCCAGCCGCGGAGCACGCUAUCUUCGACCAACAACACCACCAACAAUAACCAACCACAACCACCGACGAACCCAACACCCCCAUCAUCAAACGACCCAGCCACCCUAACAACCGACUCAGGCACGAUAACCGACCCCACAGACCCCAACUUCACCCUCACCUACCACUACGACGGCAUACGCAUCAAAGCGCAAGACAUCUUCACCGCCUUCCUCGACGCCCUCGCGACCGCGGCCGAGCACGGCAACGGCGACCCGGACGCCCGCAUCCCGGCCGCCCGCAGCGCGGGCGGGGACACGGUGCUGAGCACCUGGACGGUCGGGGCGGGGGCGGCGAUGACGUGGCAGCGGUUGAAGCGGGCGUUGAGUCUGGUCUGGACGGCGCUGGUGACGGGGCGGAGGGCGCGGUUUGAGGGGUUGGCGUUCGGGGUGGUGUAUGAGGGGGUGGGGAUCGGGGGGGGGAGGUUGUUGAGGUUUGAUGGGGGCGGUGGGGGGUUGGGGGGGGGGGUGAGGUUGGUUGGGGAGGUGGGGGGGGGGGGGGUAUGUUGA